AUGAAGAAAGCACAAGAGAAGCUUGGCCCCGUGUUGGCUAGGAACCCAGAUUUGGUAAAAGACUUCAAUGAAUGCAUUGACUUCAGUUUCACCCCGGCUGAGUUUGAAAGGAAAUGGACUGCACUUCAACUGAAAUAUGAAGGUCUUAUGCAUGGUCACUUUGAGAAACUCUAUGAAGAUCGGGCUACAUGGGUGUCGUGUUACUUCAAAUUCAGUUUCUUCCCUUUCCUUCAAUCAACGCAACGCAGCGAAGGGUUGAAUGUUGUGUUGAAGCGCUAUGUGAACCCACACAAGUCAAUUCUCAACUUCGUCAAGCAAUAUGAGAAGAUUCAGGUACACAUACUCAUGAGGGAGGGCGGGAACGACUACCGGACAGAACAUCUAGAGGCACAAAGAUGGUCGCAUUUCCCCAUUGAGAGGCAUGCCUACAAAGCAUACACUAGGGACAUCUAUGUGAAGUUUAGAACUGAGUUUCAGAUGAUUGGCCAGUAUGAUUUGCGUCCCGCUAGAAUCAACUUCUAUUACCUUGAGCCCAAUACAGAAGAAGUCCUAGGGUAUGGCUCGAGGAAGUACCUAGUCACAGUGAGACCAGAGCCAGCUAUCUACGAUUGCGAAUGUUGCAAGUGGCAUAGGGACGGCAUGCUUUGUUGCAAGUGGCAUAGGGACGGCAUGCUUUGUUGCCAUGUCUUGAAAAUCUUCACACACCUUGGCGUUAAUGAGAUACCUGAACACUACAUCAAGCGCCGCUGGACGCAGCAUGCAGUACCAAGUGCACCACCGCCACCUAACGAGGGCCCUCCGCAUGACUUGCCCGCUGAGUCAGAGAACCAAGUUCGGCAAGUGACUCUGACAAUUGAUUUUGCAAAGCUAGCCAAGAAGGCAAUGACUAGUGAUGAGGCAGCCGCUGCAGUUAGGAGGCACAUGAAAGCAGCAGAUACUGAGGUUACUAAGCUGAAUAAACUGAGGAAGAAGAGGCUAAAGGCAGCCCGGGAAGCGGCUCGUGCUAGGGAAGCAUCAAACCCUAAUGCCCCAAGUACUUCAAACCAACCUCCUGCCCCCCUUGCUCCUAUGGAUCCACCUCGUUCAGUCAUGAAAGGGCGCAGCCGCAGCAAGCGCUUCAAAUCAGCCCUGGAACUACACCCUAAGAAAAAGAACAAGUGCAGCAUUUGUGAAUCAAUCGAUCACACUGCUGCGACGUGCCUAGGGAAGCUGAUGUGA